AUGCGCCCCUCACAUCGUUUUCUCGCCGCGAUCUCGCGCAGCCAGCCCUCCAAGCUGAAGAAGCCUUCCAUCAGUCUAGACCAUUUUAUCCAAAGACAACGUGUGUUGUCAUUAUGGCGGGAAAUCGUUCGAGCAUUAAUAAGUCCGCUUACCAGCCUAAUUGCUAGGGCCAUAUAUGAGACUAACAGAUAUGCUCAGAGGUCCCUCCUUCAUCAACACGGAUGGAGCUGCACAGAUAUGCACGUGAUGAGUUCGAGCGUCAUCGUGGAGUAUCGGAUGUGGUAG